AGCAGCUUUCUUCUGAACACACGCGCUGAACCGAGGCUGCUGAGAGAGACAGAGGUUUAUUGUGUUAUUUUUUUAAAGGAUUGUUUUUUUUUGUUGCUGUCGGCUGGCACUCGCUUCUCUGAGAACACAGGAAGAUUCCUGAGACGGUGAGUCUCUGAUCGAGAGCUUUAAAGGAAACUCAUACAGAGACUGUGUUUAGCUAGCUGUGUGAUGGCGUGUGUUAACUUCGCCAUGGAUGUGAUAGAGGAUCCCUCAGGGAGACGUGGACAGCAGGGUGAUGGGAGUCCGCUGAUUAAACAUUACAGAGCCUCUGAGCUCGUUCCUGCCCCAGCACUUCCUCUGCACCAGCUUCUGAAAAGAGAACCGGCUGUCUGGGCCGCUGUGCAGAUCAGCAGUGGGAUUUUGAGCAUUGGAAUUGGAAUCAUGUUUGCUGCGUGCUUCAAAAUUGAUGACAUGUUACUCACCUUGUUCAGAGUCCCGAUCAUCAGCGGCAUCCUGUUCCUGAUUGCUGGAUGUUUCUCCACGCUGCUGUACAGACACCCUGCACUCUUACAGAUGUGUUUUCACUCCAACAUCUUCUGCCUGUCCGUAGCUGCGAUUGGAGCAGUGCUGCUGAUUGUGGAUUUAGGCAGAAAUAUAGGCAAAAAUAAAGCUACAGAUCUGCAACAUCAGGUGGAAAUCCUGGUGCUGUGUGUGACGGUGUUGGACAUGCUGGUCUCCGUCGUCCUCAUAUCUUUCAUUUACGCAGAGAAACGCCGGCACGAGAGGAAGUGACUCCGCUCUCAGCUUUAACCCAGAACGAAACUUAAUCUGCUGCAAGUAACAGAUCAAACUCGAGUUAUUGAAAUGGACGCUUUUAUUUUUCAUCAAAAUGUUUCUUCAACUUGCAGAAAAAUAUCUCAGGACUUUACACGCAGUUAUGAUGGAUUUCAUAAUAAACCGCUUCAAAAUGUCGUUUGCAAGCGAGUCGGCUCUUUUAGCUGAAUUUUGAUCUGAGAAGCAAAUCGAAUAUAUGAGCUGUUUUUUUUUUUUCUACUUGUUACUCUUGCAGUGUAAUUUAAUAAAAAUGUUUCAAUGGAAACCUCAUUUCAACAUUUGUUGAAAUGCUUGUUAGUGCGAAGUAAGUGCUUUAUCCUGGUCAGGGUCAAAGUGACGUCGUUGAGACAAUUAAUCUUUUCUCUAAUUAAAUCAAAUAAAACGUUACAAUUUUUCAUCCGUUCAAACAGAGCAUGAGUUUCUCUCAGGCUUAAACGCGUGACUCACUUUCCUUACUUAAUAAUCAUCAUUUAUUUAAACAAAGAAAUCGUAACCUUUGUUCAGUUUAGGACAAAAUGACAAAGAGUCGUUUGGCCGAUGAAAGAGUCGACUCUUGCUGGUGAGUCAAAUGAUUUACUGACUCACUGAAUCGAACCGGAAUUCCCAUCACUGUGUGUGUUGUGCUGUUAUAGAAAAAUAAUCAGAGCUGCAGUGGUGUGAAGAAACAGAGUUACUGUUACAAUCCUGACGUUGAUUAUUUUCCUACAACAGCAUGUCCCUGAGUGUUUUAUUCCUUCACAGCAACGGUUACAAAUUUAAAUUUACUUGGGUUAGGGUUAGAAAAACGUCACGCCAACCUUUUUUUUUAUACGUUUAUAUUUAUGUUUAAUGCUGCGGAUAUGAAAUGUGUUCUCACUUAUGUUACAGAAGCUACAAACAGUCACGUAUACAUAAGCGCUAAUACAUAAGCGCUAAUACAUAAGCGCUAAUACAGAGGCUGUAAGGCGUGAAAGAGUUUUCACAACCCUAAGACACAGCUUCUGCUUUUUAGAUUCUUGCUCCCCAUUUGGAACGCUGGUGUUUCUCAUGCGAGCCCGAGUGAAUCAGUUGCCAAAAUAAAAGAAUUAUUACAACAUUUACUUACAUCUCGACUAAUGCAGAAGUGAACAUUAACUGUUUUAGGUUUGGUAUAAAUGUGUGAAUACCAGCGAAACAGUGCGACUUUAUAAAAUCCGCAUCCCAUCCAGUGUCACAGUUUUACAAUUUACAAUGUCUGAUUAUUAUUAUUAUUAUUAUUACUAUUAUUAUUAUUAUUAUUAUUAUUUUUAAAAAAGAUAUUAAACACGUGUAUAACACUGAAGCGGCUAAUUGAACAGUUAGGAAAUUGCAAAAAAUGUACUUUAAAGCGGACAAAAAUUUAUCAGAGCCACGCAGAGCCAUAUUUCUUCCUCUCAUAUUUUAACCUCUUUAUAAAGUUGAAUAUAUUUACAGCUAAUUUCAUAUUAGAUUUAAAGCUUAAUAUUAAUUUACUAUUAAUGCUAGAAUUUAAUAUUAAUUUACUAUUAAUGCUAGAAUUUAAUAUUAUUAAUUUACUAUUAAUGCUAGAAUUUAAUAUUAUUAAUUUACUAUUAAUGCUAGAAUUUAAUAUUAAUUUACUAUUAAUGCUAUAACUUCAUAUUACCUUUAUACAUAUAUUCGCUUGACUGAAUUAAUUGAAUAUACAGAAAUUUUGUCCGACGUUUGUUUAUGUUUAUGUUUGUGUAUUUUUAUAGCGUAUUAAUCGCUCGUAGAGUUUCGAAGUAAAUGUUUUAAACGUCUGCUUUUGUAUUUUCUUGCUGCAACUGUGUUGUCUCUGCCCUUGCAGCCUGCGGUUCGCGUCGUGGUCGGCUCGAAUGCAGAAGUGCAAGUGGUGUGAAUUUUGAGUCAUGCAGUUUCUCAAGGCUUUUUUUUUUUUAAACAUCUUUACUCGGUUACAAAUGAAUUAUCCACGCAAAAAAAAAAAAAAAAAAACAAAAAGGACGAUGUUUGGUCUAUUUGUUGUUUAGAAAAAUGUAAGACACAGACAGAAGGUUGGGAAAUGAUUUUAUUAGUAGUGCCGGCUCUAAAAAUAAGGACGUUAACGAGGAACCAUUUCUGUACAGAACACGCUUACAAAACAAACAAACAAACAAACAAACAACAAAAGACAAAAAAAACCUCAAAUUGUGCUUUUUUUUUUAAAGAUGAAAAGGAAACUUUAGUUCAUCGAUGCGCUGGAUGUCGAGUCCGCAGCGUACCAGCAGUGUGACGGGUUUAAGUACUGCGUAACGAUUCGUUUAAAAAUAGGAACAGUGUGAAAUCGUGUGUAUUUACAGCAGAGUUCAGUGUUUAGACGCCGCACGCCGCCUCGCUCCCGUCCUGCCGCGUGGAUCGGAACCGCCGCGUAGAAGUGAUGUCACAGCUUUGGAGAAAAAAAAAAAGAAAAGAAAGAAGAAGCUUAUUUAACACGACACUUUUACACGCAUUAAUCUGUGUGCGGUCACAAACUGUAGCUCUGUUCUGUGUGUAAUAUUUAACUGUGUUAUUAAUUUUAUGAUUGUAAUAAAGUUCAAACGACGCAUUCACGACG